AUGUGUACCGAAAAGUGUAUCAGAAUUUGCGGAGUCCAUUUCCCUAGGGACUUCAGAGAAGCCAUCUUUGAGAAGAAUGGCUCGAUUUGGGUUGAUCACGAAACCGCAGUGAUUGACCUUCCCUGGGAUGCAGCGGAGUUUGAUUACUUCAACUACCUCAGGGAGAAGUGUACCUGGAAUCCUGUGGAACAGGCCCAGGACUUUUAUAAGUACAGAUUACUGCAGUUCAAGCGCUAUAACUGGAAGAGGGCUCAGAAGGAAAGCCUUGUGAAGGAGCAUAUGAAGAGAGCCAAGCCGCCAGCUCCUGAGCCAGUCGUACCAGUUCCAGAAGUUUCUGAGAAGAAGCCAGUUCCUGAAGCCCCCGUGGCUUCCACCAAUGUGGGUACUUUGAAGGCCUCGACCAAGGCCAUGAGAAUUACUAUUUGCCCACCAAAAACCACUUCCCCCAAGAAGGUUUCAAACAGCGAAAAGGUCUCUGCACCUUCCCCCAAGAAGGUUUCAAAUAACGACAAGGUCUCUGUGCCUUCCCCCACCGAGAAGCCUUCCCCUACUAUUUCCCAGAGUUUCCUUGUCGAGACUCUGAAAACCGUUCCAGUUUCCACAAACGCGAAGGAAGCUGAAACCAAGGACUCCGGGUGUCCUCCACCUUCCCAAACCCGGGUUUCCAAGGCUGCGAAGCAAGAGGAAAAGGCUGCCAGAAAGGCUGCGAAGCAGGCAGAAAAGGCCGCAAAGCAGGCCGAGAAGAAGGCCCAGAAGCAGGCAGAAAAGGCUGCCAAGGAAGCUGCAAUGGCUGCUGAACAAGCUGCAAUGGAAGCCGAACAAAAGCUCGCAGAAGAAGCAGCUGAAAUGGCCGCCAUUGAAGCUGAAAAGGCCGCAAAGGAAGCUGAGAAGAGGAAGGCGGAACAGGCUGCCAAGGAAGCAGAGGAGGCCGCCAGGGAGAAGUUGAGAUUGUCCCGGUCUCGCUUGCCUCCAACACCAAAGCAGUUCAGACGCCGUUUCUGGAACGUCAAGCAGCUCGAGGUUCGUGACCACUAUUUGCCAAACUAUAGCGACCAUUUCUCUACGGUGCUUGUUCAGGUGGACGACGACGAGUUGGACCGUCUGGAGCAGGACUGCGGAGAGGAUGUCUUUGAGUUUCUGGAGAACGUGGAAAUCUUGAAACCCGUUCACAAGGCUCCAGUUCCCGAGCAUGUUUCAGAACCUGAGCAGCCUGAAACCACCGUUUUGGAACCUGAAACCUCGGUUUCAGAAGCUGGCUCUAAGGUGCCUGAGCCUGAGACCAAGUCACAGAAGCCUAAGAACGCCAACAUCUACUGGAUUGGCGACUUCCCUUUCUUCAUGCUGACGUUGGCCCAGAAGCACCAUGCCACCUUCCUCCCUGGAGACUUCUUCAAGGCGCUGGAGCUUCUUUACCCAAAGAAAACUGAAUCCUUCUUACCAGGUGACUUUGCUGGCUUCAAGGCCCUCACUUAUUCCAAGAAUCAGUUGGAGUUCUUCCUCUCCGACUUUUUCGCUUUGUGGAAUGAACCAGUUCCACGGAGGGCUAGGCGUGCCAGAAACUCGAAGCCUGUCUGGGGUUACACCAUCACCAGAACCAAGAGACGCUCUUAUGGUUUUGAGUUGGUGGUUCCUGUGCUGACGAAGAAGCCCCUUGUUGCUUCUCAGUGCUGA